UCCAAUACCGCAACACGAUCCGUUCCGUUCCGAGAUGAGUCGACUUCCGCUGUGUCUGGUCCUCCUGGUGCUGGCGAUUUGCACCAGCCACGCCUACAAGGCACCUGAUGCUCAGGUGCGGGUGUUCUAUCCCAAGGGAUUCGAGGUCUCCAUUCCGGAUGCGCCGGGUAUUUCGCUGUUCGCCUUCCACGGCAAACUAAACGAGGAGUUUGACGGACUGGAGGCGGGGCAAUGGGCACGGGACAUCCCAAGUGCCAAGAAGGGACGAUGGACGUUCCGGGAUCGCGAGACCAAGCUAAACCCAGGUGAAACCCUGUAUUUCUGGACCUACGUGAUAUACAAUGGCCUAGGCUAUCGCCAGGAUGAUGGGGUACAUGUGGUAACCAGCUACGACAAUCAAAACCAAUAAAGUACAUUUUCAAACAACGAAAAAAUACAACCUUUACAUCGAGCUUAAAGCUCAUAUACCAUCUUUGUUUUUAGAGUUCACUUUUGAAUUCGAAGCCUCUCUCUUCGCUUCCAGCUGAUUGCUAAUCUUUUCUUCGGUACACCAACAAAAAAAUUAUACGGAUUUAAAAACUUGAUUUUAAAAUUUAUGUGUUUCAUAAUGUUUUUGUAACACAGUAUGUAACAGGUAAAAAAUGUGAUUUCGAUAAUAAAAUAUUGUUAGCAAAA